ACAGCCGAUCGACGUUGAAUAAACGUUUGAUUUUCCAUCAAAAUCAUCAGUAUGGUCGACAUUGAAAUUUUCGACAAUAAAAAAUGUUGAAUGUUAUGGUGGCUGGAAUGUUCGACCCAAAAGCGCAGCAAUGAGGAGGCAGAGGUGACGAGGAGCCCGAGGGCGUGUUUAUUAAACAAGAAAAUAAAAAAGGAAUGACGAGAGGUGGAGGCACUGCAGAGUUGGAAGGCUGAGAUGGCUUGGAGUUGCUGUGAAGAAAAGGGAUAUGAAUAAGUCAAAGUUUGGUUGCGUGAGUGGCCUGUACUUUACCAUGUGAGGUUAGGUGAAGCUCUGGCAUUGAAUGACGUGCAGACCGGUCUUUUGUAGUGGCAGGCUGUUGAUUGUGAAGUGGAUGCAGGUGUGGUGAUUGAUGACAGGUGUGCACAGCAGAGUCAGUGAGGAGUGGGGGGAGGAGGAGGUGAAGGCUAGGCUGAGUGAGCCAUAACAGUUGAAUCAACAUUGCAAAUACCGAUGAGACCUGACAGUGACGUUGAAACAACGUUGUUCCAUGGUGUGUCAGGCGAUGGUUGGGUUAACAUUGUUUUAUAGUUGAUGAAAUAAUGUUGACAAAUAGUUGGAUUUUUGAUUGACCGGGAUAUAUGAUUGAAAAGGGUGUUAUGGUCAAACAAUAGUUGUGUUGGUGGUUGACCGGGAAGACAGCAUAUCACCUCAAAUGAACUCCACUGGAAGCGCCUCAUUUAAGAAUAGCCAUAUUUAAAGAUGAAACAGACCAAUCAAUGGACUAUUGACUGAGACAACCAGGGAUUUCACCUUUCACUAGACAUCAUUAUUUUUGUUGCACAUUUAGAACCCAUUUGUCCAUGCAUUUGGCCAACAGCUAUCAUUUCUACCAUGGGAUUUGAUCGACAGGCGUUCAUUUCGUAGGAUGGAAUCUGCUCUGUCUCUUGCCACGGUCCAUCUGCACCUGAACACAAACAGCUAUGACGACAACAGUGGCGUCAACAGCUGGAGCGGCACCCCAGAUGAAUUUAACACCCGGCCAGUCAAUCAGACAUUCCCAAUCCAUGGGCGAAUGCACAGCAUCCUGCUGGGUGUCUCUCUGGGCUCCCUUUCUCUCAUCACUACUGUAAUGAACAUGCUCGUUCUUUAUGCUGUGAAAAGAGAGAAAAGCUUGCACACAGUCGGUAAUCUUUACGUUGUAAGCCUCUCAGUGGCUGAUUUGAUCGUUGGAACCACUGUGAUGCCACUUAACCUAGUGUAUCUGCUGGAGGACGAAUGGAAGUUGGGCAGGGCCAUCUGCCAGUUUUGGCUGAUUAUGGAUUAUGUAGCAAGUACAGCUUCAAUAUUUAGUUUGUUUAUCCUCUGUCUGGAUCGGUAUCGUUCUGUCAGACAGCCACUCAAGUACCUGAAGUAUCGAACAAGAGGGAAAGCAAGCGCAAUGAUAUCCGGAGCCUGGUUGCUGUCUAUGUUGUGGAUUUUCCCCAUUUUAGGAUGGAGGUCUUUCACCCAUGUAGAACUUAAACCGGAAGAGGAAAAACAGUGUGACACCGAUUUCCGCUUCGUCACGUGGUUUAAAGUGAUCACCGCUGUCUUCAAUUUUUAUGUUCCGUCAGUUUUAAUGCUUUGGUUUUACACACACAUCUACUUGGCAGUAAGGCAACAUCUGCGCGAUAGAGAGAGGAUCAUUCAUCCAACUGAUUCAUUUGGUGAAAAGGACAUUGAGCAAAAUGCUGGAUCAUCAAACAACUCCAAAUCCCAGGAGAAGGAAUGUGAGGCUCCAGAUAAACUUUUAAGACAGCAGCUUGACCUCAAACUUCUUGAGCAGACUUACUCUCUUGAGGAAAUUGAUAGAACCAAAAAGUCCCUUUGUAGAUCCCACCGUAAAAUUGGUGCGCAAUGUCCUGAGUCAGGUUUGCUUGGCAUGACAGCAAAGGAACACAAAAUAUCUACAAAACCAGGUAGAGAAUCCUUAUCCAAUAAGGAGAAGAGCCAGGAUGCUGCAGUUCCACUCAGUUCACAUUGUUCACAACCAGAAAAUUCAGGUGGAAACCAGGAAUCGUCUUUAAAUGAAUGUUGCGUAACAGUACCAAACACUGUAAGAGGUGUUUGUGAUAUCAACCAGGUGCAGAGGUACACGCCUGUACUUGGCAACAACCACAACCCCAGCGGCUCUCUUCCCUGGUCUAAUGAAACCGAUGGUGCCGAGAUAGACCCGGCUAAUGAGGUGACACUGAGACAGACAUGGCAAAGGUUUGUCGAAAUGUCCUGUGAGAGACUCCAGAGCCUGAGGAUCCACAAGGAGCACAAGGCGGCCAGGCAAUUGGGCUUCAUCAUUGCAGCUUUCCUGCUGUGUUGGAUACCAUACUUCAUAGUCUUCAUGGUCAUGGCGUUCUGUAGAGAGUGUGUCCACCAUGACCUGCACAUGUUCACGAUAUGGCUAGGUUACAUCAACUCCACUCUCAACCCUUUCAUUUACCCAAUGUGCAAUAGGAAUUUUAAACGAGUCUUCAAAAAUAUUCUGCAUAUACAUUUUUGAAAGUGUUGCAGUCAUUCCAGCAUACCCAGAAUGACCAUAAACUCAUUCACUGCUGUGUCGUUGGGACUGAAUUGAGACUUGAACUUUACAAAUGCCACAAUUAAGUUAAAGAUAAUGACCAUAUGGACAUACUGAGGUUAUGUCUGCGCAGAAACAAAUUGAAGUGUAUUUGAAAAGGUUUUAUUUUCAUCCUCUAUGUUACAUCCACAAGGAAUCAAAAUUGUGGUAGCCAGAAUGUAAAACCAUCAAUGACCCACAUGUUCCAAAUCUACCACAAAGGGCGAACUCACAUAUUUUUGUGAGAAAGUUUAUUUGUACAACACAACGGCAAUGCAAAGUGAUUCCCAACUAGGACAAGAAAGUUAAAAUCACUCCUCAAGUAUAAAAAUAAUUAUUAAUGUAAAGGCAAUGAUGUUUACAUUGCAUGUUGUUGCACAUUAGUAAGUGAGCUUAGUUCGUGUGCUAAUCACUUUUGCAAAUUUGGUAGUCCUACUUUUCCCCAUGUUACCUCCUUCUAACAAAGCUAACAUCUUUAUUGAUCCUUAUGUCAAUGUCCGUAUUCAUAAAACGUUAAAUCCUGGCUGGCAUUAACGUUUGACAUGUACCAUUAUCCACUAUUUAAAGUUUCUGUCCUUAAAUUUGAAAAUGAGCUAAAUGAGCAGAAUAAAAACUCUACUUGGCUUUAAACACCACAGGACUUAACGGUGUCAUUUUCUAUUUUACAAAAAUUUUUUAAAAAUCAAUGACUUUGAGCUGUUUUUUUUUUUUUUUCUACCUUUGGUGCGUUCUUCUUUGCUUCUUUGUUUUCGUCUUUGGCGGCGAUUGUAAUCAGCAGCCAUCUGGGGAAGAGCGACAAGCACUGUUUCUUUUCGGGCAGCGUUUGUAACUGGUGGCCAUCAUGGAGAGGACAAUCAGUGUUUGGAAACUAAGACCAUGUUUACUCGUAGCAGGGGUUUUUAAAACCAUGGAUCCUGCCCUCAUACAUCCGAAAAAAAUUAUUACAUCACCAUCACAUUUGAAAGGGGGAAAAAAAAUCCACAGCAAACUGAAUUCAUUCGUUUUUAAGUACAUUCAUAACAAUGCCAGACCUGAAAUGGGAAGUUCAGAAUUUUCGACAUUAGGCUUAAUCUUCGAGUUUGGCGGGGGUUUCAUUAGUUGGUGGCGUUGAUUUCAACAAAUUCCGUGCAGUUGGUUAGCUAGUUUCAGGGCUCCGGAGUGGCUAAGCUAUGUCAAUGGGCCCAUCCUAGCAUGCCAAUAAAAAACAACAUAUGAAAGCAUGAAAAUCAAUGCUAAACCAUGCAAUCAAUAGUGGUGGCUCUGUUUUCAGGAUGAAGUUAUUAAAACUUACCAUUGCAUGUCAAUAAACAUAUGAACACAUGAAAAUCAAUGAUAAACCAUGCAAUCAAUAGUAGUGGCUCUGUUUUCAGGAUGAAGUUAUUAAAACUUACCAUUGCAUGUCAAUAACUGUAGUAUGAACAACAAACAUUUGUAAUCCAGCAGCUCUGUCGGUAACAGUCUGCAGAGCGGAGUGAUAUUUUUUUCCACCGGUAAUUUUAUGUCGUAUUUAGCAGCAAGUAACCACAGUUUGUAUUGUUCCUCGUUCUUCAUAGGGAAUUUGUGGAAACUCAUUUGCCCAUUUCUUCUGUCUGUUUCCACAGCCUCUAAAUGCACGUUUCACUAUGUUGUCAUUCUUCAGUCAAGACUCCGUAGACUGAUGAUACAUUCGAGGAAGUAGGGAAGUCUGAGUUUUCCAACCUCCGACCAGGAAAAAUAUAAUUGGAACGCCACUUGAACUGGGAGGCCCUAGUUGCGAAGUCAGAAAAAAAAGUACCCAGACUUCACGAGUUGCUUCAAUCAGACGUCACUCGACAAAAUGCGCUGCCCGUCGAAAAGCAGACCGUCAAUUGUAUAACCAAAGAAGGCAGUUCACAGUGUGGUCUAUUUACCUUAGCCGUAAUUUUUUCUCCACUAUUUGAUCACUUACGAGAAGGCAGGUUUGCUAGAGGUCAACAUGUCUUUUAAUGGCCAAAAUCAAAAAUGUAUGGAAUGCUUUGAGGUUGCAACUGGUUCCAUCCAAGUGGGAUAAGUCCGACUUCACACGUUCCUCGAAUGCAGUAUGAGCACGAGUGGCCGAAGGACUCCUCACUAGUGUGGUUGCGUUACGCAUCUGAAAAAUAGUCCCGCAGAAAUAAAUGAAUUACGGUGUGACAUUGUUUUGGCCGCAGGUAUUUUGAACAACGAUCUGCAUUUUGAAUUCAUUUGACUAUGUUAGACCUGUUAAUAUUGUUUUUUAUUGUCAUGCUAGGACGGGACCAUUGACUCGCACUAGCUUAGCCAUUCCGGAGCCCUAAAAUUAAUAAAUAACUAAAAAACUGCAUGGAUUUUUCUGAAAUCGACUCCACCGACAAAAUACACCCCCCCAACUCGAAUAGUAAGCCUAAUGUAAAAUAUUCUGAACUCCCGCUUUAAGGUGGCAGCAUUUUCCUAAAUCCCAUCCAAUCCCAUCCCAUCCAAGUGUAAGCUUCCGUCUAGCGAAGUCACUUCCUCAAACUGGAAAAGAAGAAAUAGUUCUAAAUUUUGUUUUAGAAUAUUACAACAGAGCAUUAGGUUCAAAUAAAGAUUAAAUUCGCAUUAUGACAUAGGGCUAAUGUAGCUGAAUAAGCAGCUACGUACUUUAGGUAGCAUGUUAACGCCUCCAUUAAAGUCAACAAUAUUGAAGGUAUCUUGUGUUUUAGAAUCGGUUUUACAAGUAAGAAAUUAGAUUUAUAAUCGAAUGCGUUGUUGUACCUCUCAGCUAAGGUACAUGUACAUAAAGUGUGUUGCGGCUUACAGCUAGAUUACUCCUACGUAAUAAUUUGACUUUUUUUUCUUCGUAACAAUAGUACUACUUUAAUCCCGUUGUCCUUUUUUUCUUUUCUUUAUUCGGCCCUAAUACUCCGUCGUACAAUAUAAGACCAACAAGGCAAGCGAAAAUGUUGACUAAACCCACUGCAAAAGUAUAUAUCGGCUGCGACAGAAUGCAUGUUGACAACAAAUGUAAACAUUGGUCUCAUGUGUGACAUACUUGUACAACCCCUAGCAAAAAGUAUGGAAUCACCAGUCUCGGAUAAGCACUCACUCAGACAUUUUAUCAUGUAGAACAAACUCAGAUAAAAAGCUUGAAAAAAAUAAUGAAUUCGUUUAAAAGUGCAACUCUUUAGCAUUCAUUACCUUGUCCAAUGUAGAUUCUUGACUCUUGACACCUUGUCCAAUGCAGAUUCUUGACUGGUGACAAGGUGAUGAUUCUGGAACUUUGGUUUGGUGCUGUUCAAGUGAGAUUUACAAAGAUGACUGCCUGAAGAAAACAAAAAUUCCCUCAGUCCUUAAUGAUAUGGGGCUGCAUGUCAGGCAAAGGCACUGGGAGAUGGCUGUGGUUAAAUCUUCGAUAAAUGCAAAGGUUUACAUUGAAAUUUUAGACAUCCUUCUUAUCCCUUCAAUUGAAAAUAUGUUUGGGGAUAAUGAAAUCAUUUUCCAAGAUGACAAUGCAUCAUGCUACAGAGCUAAAAUUGUUAAAGAAUUCCUUGGAGAAAGAUUCAUCCAGUCAGUGUCAUGGCCUGCAAAUAGCCCAGAUCUCAACCCUAUUGAAAACCUGUGGUGGAAAAUUGAAAAAAAGACGGUCCACAGAAAUGCUCCGACCUGCAAGGAUGAUCUGGCAACUGCAAUCAAAGAGAGUUGGCACAAAAUUGAUGAAGAAUACUCAUCAAGUCCAUGCCUCAGAGACUGCAAGGUGUCCUAAAAGCCAGAGGUGGCGCUACUAAAUACUAGAGAUGUGUUUUGAUUGUUAUUUCUUUGUUUGUUUCUCAUGAUUCCAUAUUUUUUCCUCAAAAUGGAGUGAUUCCAUUUAUAUUUCCCUGCACUUGCUCUACCAAACUAACAUAUACUGACGACCACAAUAUUUUUAUUAAUUUCUUUUAGUGUUUCUGAAUGUUAAAGAGUUGCACUUUUGAACUAACUCAUUAUUUUUUCAAGCUUUUUAUCUGAGUUUGUUCUACAUGAUAAAAUGUCUGAAUGAGCGGUCGUCCGAGACUGGUGAUUCCCUACUUUCUGCUAGGGGUUGUAUAUCGGCCGCGACAGAAUACAUGUUGACUCCAAAUGUAAACGAUGGUCUCAUGUGUGACAUAGAAACAAAGUUUGUCGCAGACAAACAACAGACAAGUUUCAACAGUUAAAUCUUCGGUUAUCAGUGUCCAUUAUUCGAUAUAAUCUAUUGAGUAUAAUCUGCCACUUUCCUCGGAUCUCACGAUAUUCUGUGUUGCUGAGGAUCAGAAAAAUGCAGCCUAAAGUCACACAGUGCUUUCCAGUGGAUGAGUGGUUAGCACAUCCGACUAACAGUUCUGAGAUCAUGAGUUCAAUCCUAGGCUCCAACCUUUUCGUGUGGAGUAUGCCUGUUCUCCCCGUGUCUAUAUGGGGGUUUUCUGAGUUCUCCAGUUUUCUCCCACAUCCCAAAAGCAUGCAUGGGGUGAUUGAGCACUCCAAAUUGCGUCUAGGUAUGAGUGUGCGCAUGAAUGGUUGCUUGUGUCCUUGUGCCCUGCCAUUAGCAGUCAACCAAUUCAGAGUGUACCCCGCCUACUGCCCAUAGUUAGUUGGGAUAGGCUCCGACACCCCGUGACCCUCGUGAAGCUAAGCUGCUUGGAAAUGAAGUUUCAGAGGCGACAGGACAGAUAUCUGUGUUUCUGUAAUCUUUUGUCAUUCAGCGCAAUUUUCAACUAUAAUUUGAAAGGAAAUGAAAGCAAGAACACUCUGGUUUUUAAUGGCUUAUGAUGACAGCUUUAUAGCACUUUGAUGAAUCCUUGUUGCUGCUGCUAUGCAUGAGUCAUCUGCCUGCAUGCUUUCAGUUGCCAAAUUGAUUAUUCAAAUGUUGGGCAUUGUCAUCAAAUGUAUAAAUUUGCUGGGGUUGUUUGUUUUUUCUUUUGUUGGUGGUGGGGUUGCUUCAGACUGAGACAAAUAUUUAUUGUAAUGAUAAUAAAGUGCAGAAACUUGAAAAUCUUGGCUAUUCUUUCUCAUAUGUGGAGGAGGAAAGUUUUCAUUUUACAUAUAGAGUUCAUUCAAAGACAACACAAGUACUGCCACUGGCGUGCACACAUAUACAACAGGUGGUGCUCAAGCACUGGCCCUUGUCCUCUUAACUGAGCAAGUGCCCUUUUCAGGGUUAUUAAGUCAAGAUCAUUAUUAUGUUAGUAAUGCGUGUGCCCCCCAAGCGCUGCAGCCAUUAUCACUGUGACAGCGCCCUCUGUCCUCCAAACUUGCCCAAGUCUGCAGCCUAUAUGCAGAUGUAACAAAUAAUGUGUAUGUGCCUUCCUAAACCUCAGUUGUUUAACUAUUUGUCACGUGAAGUAGCCUUUGUCUCCGUGCAGCUUUCUAAAUUAGACGAAUGCCAAGUCACACCUGUUAAACAAGCUGGGCUAGACGCUCGACAUAAACCAAUUAACGUAGCAACCAACACACAACCAGUGUCGGUAGGAAAAAUUAAUAAAGCUAUACACUAUAAUGCCCUGAGCUGAGAGAGGAGAGGUGUGAGCUUCAAUCACUUUACUGUGACAACAAUGAAAACAACAUUACAGCGGGCUGCCGCGAAGUGCGACUGCUAUUACUACCUCCCAACACGCUCUGUCUGACGCCACUUGUUCGCUUCCCCCUGUGCCACAGCCCUCACGUACAGAGCGUCUCUUAAAGGGGCCGGACAUAGUUACGGACAUUAUAUUAUUAUAGCUCAAUAUUUAGUUAUGUGUUAGAGUGUUUAGUACUAGUACUGCUACU